GAGCUCGCGUCGCGUCCGUUUGCUGCGCCCUCCGCCGCCGCCGCAAUGAUGCAGCCGCAUCUGCCCUCCCCGGCGAGGCUGGGGCUCACAGCCUCGUCGCCGUCGCUCCCGCCCAAUCCGGUCCCCUUGAAUCCCACAUCCUCGCCUUCACACGGUAGCCUGCCCUCGAGCGCAGCCGCUGGCACCAGUGCUGCCCCAACCCUAACCACCUCGCCGUCGCUGCUACCGCUCCUGCCGCCGCUUCCGCGCGCGCAAUCGCUGCUCCAGCUUAUAUCGUCGCUCGCUUCCAACCUCUUGGAACUCUCGGCGAACCGCGCCGCGUGGAUCUCAGCGUACCGAGGAUCGCUUCCCACCUUCCUCCCAUCGGCGUCCUCCGCGCCGCCGCUCGCAACCCCGAUCUCCUCCACCAAGGACGCGCUCUCUCUUGUCACCACCCUGCAGACGCAGCUCUUCGAGGCCGUCGCCGAGCUGCAAGAGACCCUCGAUCUGCAGGAUGCGCGCGCGCGCCUUGUCCGUGAGGCGCGUGGCAAGGAUGCUGCGCUGCUAGCCUUUGCGAAGAAGCUGCAUGAGGCUCACCAAGUACUUGACCGCCUCGUCGACGACUACGCUGACUACCGUCGCGAUCCCAAACGCCCGCGUGGCGCCGCUGCUGCUGACGAUCCCGAGCCGGCGUCAGAGGGCGACUUCGGCACGUCCCUCCACUCCAGCCUUAAGCUUGAUGACAUCCUGACCUACGCGCACCGCAUAAGUUACACAACCUUUGCUCCGCCGGAGCAUGGUGCUGGGUUGCCUCUCCGUGUUAGCCUGCCACCUGUACCACAGGAGAAUCAGAUGAGAGCGUCGCAGCUGUAUCUGUUUGCUGAUUUGGAUGUAGGGGUACCCAAGAAGCCAUUGGAUGCGAAGGACGGGAUCGCGGCAGAAGUGGAGGUUGCGCCGCUGUAUGAGGCACCACAGGAGGGGCCGUCGAGGCUACCAAACACCUUGCCACCCAUGUUCCCGAAGGAGCUAAAGCCGCCGCCGGGAUGGAAGCCUGGUGAUCCGAUCACGCUACCACUUGAUGAGAUACUACCUGGUAUCAAGGGUGAAGAGCGGGAGGCACAGGCCCCUGUGCCGCAGGCACCUGUUUCAGUGCGACCAGUGGCACCAAUGGGACCAGAGACAAUACAGGUCAAGCCUGUGCAGCUUGAUUUUGGGAGCAGUAGUAGUGACGAGUACAGUAGUGACGUUGGGAGCUCAGAAGAAGAUGAUGAGGAUUAGUGCUCGUUUACAAGGAUAACAGAAGAUGAGAAGAACAAUAGCAGCAGCAAAACAAUCUAAAUCAGACAUCACACUUGUAGCUGAAUUCCAACAGGAUACCCGAACCCACUCCAGGAACCCAAAGGCAACAGGAACACCACCUCUUGCACUUGUACAGAGGCUCAAAUCACUGUGUAUGUGAUUUAACUGGGUUUUUCUUCUUCUUGUGAUUUAACUGUGUACAUGUGAAUGCUGCAUUCCAUAGGUCUUACUUAGCGGGAUGCAUGUGAUCUUCUGAAUAAGGUCGUUUCGUAUGGUCCCGUGGUUAGGUGUCUACAGAUGCAGUGCAUUCAGCUGUCCCACCACACCACCUUCUCAGCCGACCGAAAGGCAUCUUACUUAUCCCAAUCAGCCUGCCACAGUGGCGAGAAUGGAACCGUACCUCCAGUGGUUAGGGAUACAGCUCAUGGAGCUCGGCGGUACCGCAAUGUCGCUGCUGCUGCUGCUCGUGCUCGCCGCGUCGCCAUUGCAGCAGGCCAGGGCGGUUGGCGGCGGCAGGCCGCGGGUGCCGGCCAUCCUGGUGUUCGGCGACUCCAUCGUGGACACGGGCAACAACAACGCCGUCCUCACGCUCACCAAGUCCAACUUCAGGCCAUACGGCAAGGACCUCAACGGCGGCGUACCCACCGGACGCUUCUCCAACGGCCGGAUUCCGACGGACUUCGUAGCUUCACGGCUCGGCUUGAAAGAUCUGGUUCCGGCGUAUCUCGGCACCGACCUCAGCGACGACGACCUCUGCACGGGCGUCAGCUUCGCGUCUGGGGGCACCGGCUACGACCCGCUCACCUCCACUCUCGUGGAGGAGCUCAACAUGUUCGCGGAGUACAAGGAGAGGCUCGCAGGGGUCGUCGGAGACGAGGCCGCCGCCGCAGGAAUCGUGGCCGAAAGCCUGUUCCUUGUCUGCGCCGGGUCGGACGACAUCGCCAACAACUACUACCUCGCCCCCGUCAGACCUCUGCAGUACGACAUCUCGGCGUACGUGGAUUUCCUUGUGGAGCAGGCCUGCGACUUCAUUAGGCAACUGUACCAGCAAGGGGCCAGGAGGAUCGCGGUCCUGGGGAUGCCGCCGGUCGGGUGCGUGCCCUCGCAGCGGACCCUCGCCGGCGGCCUAGCCAGGGACUGCGACCCCGCUCGCAACCACGCGGCGCAGCUGUACAACUCCAGGCUGAAGGAGGAGGUAGUGCUGCUCCAGAAGGAGCUGGCGUGCCAGAGAAUCGGCUACGUGGAUAUCUACGACGUCCUGCAGGACAUGAUCACGAACCCCUGCAAAUACGGCUUCGAGGUCUCCACGAGAGGAUGCUGCGGCACCGGGGACUUGGAGGUGUCGCUCCUGUGCAACCAGCUGACGGCGCCGACGUGCCCUGACGACCGGAAAUACGUCUUCUGGGACAGCUUCCAUCCCACCGAGAAAGCAUACGAGAUCAUCGUGGACUACCUGUUCCCGAGAUACAUAGAGAACCUGCUAUAAUUACUUCUGCUUUACCGUCGCUUCUUUAAUUCGAUCGUUUCUAGUUGUUGUCAAGUUUAGACAUGCCGUCUUUGUUUCCCAAUUUAAGCUUUUGCUUUAAAACUCAAGACUUUUCAAGGAAAUGAAAUGACACCUGCUAGCUUGUUGCAAGCUGUAAAGAUUGAUUGGUUUUGUUUA